GUGAAAGACCACGUGCCCUCUGCGAAGGAGGAGAGUGCGUGGAGCUGCAGAAGCGCAUCCACAAGUCGCUGGAGCUCGUCUUCUCCACGUCGAAGGCCGUCUUGGCUCGCUACAAGAAGGCAGAGCAGCUCCUCGCCGCCGCCGAGAAGCUGAAGAAGGUGAAAGACAAGUUCGACAAGCUGGACGGCGACAGCGAUGGCAUGCUCAGCAAGAAAGAGGUCGCGGCGUUUGCCAAGACGGAGUACGGCUACGAGUUGCCCGCGGCCACGCUCGCCACCAUCAUGUCCAGAUUUGCGGAGGGCGACAAAGGCGUGCCGUGGAGCCAGUUCCACAGCCUGAAGAUGGCUAUCGCCAUUGCUCGGGAAGAGGAGGCCGCCCGCGUGCGGAUAAGAGAAGCCGCGGAGCGGGCGAGGCGGCUCGCGGAGCUCGAGGCGGAGCUGAAGGAGAAAGCGGGGAAGGUGGAGGAGGCCCUCGGGGACGACCUGGAGCCCAAGGUUGCAAAGGCGGAGGAGGCUGCAAAGUCGCUCGCCGACGAGGACCUGGCGGGCAGCGCCGCCUCGGAGGCGCUGGCCGCCGUGGAGGAGUCGCUCGGCGCGGCCAGGAGACGGAAUUGGACGACUUCCUCAAAAGCGUCAAGGAGCUGGCGGCCGACCUGGGGGACGAGGCCCUCAGACCGAGCGCCGAGGCCCAGACCAGGACUGAGACUGACUGGCAAGGCGGACGCCAUCGGCUCGCGAUUGAGCCGCCGUCGAGCAGUCCGCGAAGCGCGCGAAGGACAGACUGGCUAA